AUGGCCGCCGCAGCAGCACUUCUUCGGCGACCAAUGCUGGCCGGCAAGCUUCCAAAGCUUCACCUGCAACGACACGCUUCUCCAAACAUGACUCGCAGCUUUGGUUCGUACUUCGUCACACCCGCUCAGCUCGACGCAGCACUGAAGAAGAAUGCCCCGUCACGGCUGUCGACAGCACCCAAGACGAUAGCUGUGUGUGGUUCUUGGUUUCUUCCGAAUGAUCCGGACAAACGCAAGGGCUACGAUGUCUUCAAGCAAGGACACAUCCACAAAGCUCGAUUCUUCGAUAUCGACAAGAUCGCCGACACAUCCAGUCCAUACCCGCACAUGUUGCCAGAGCCCGAAGUCUUCAAGACUGCCAUGUCUGAGCUUGGGAUCGCAAGAGACGACACAGUAGUUGUCUAUGAUACGGCCGAGCUAGGCAUAUUCUCGGCACCGAGAGUAGCAUGGACUUUCAAGGUCUUUGGACAUCCUGCUGUGCAUAUCUUGAACAACUUCCGCCUCUGGAAGGAGGAGGGAUAUCCUGUCGAAGAAGGCGAACAGCGGCAAUUCGAGAGAACAGACUACCCGACCCCUGAGCUGGAUUCAAGCAAGGUUGCGGACUUUGAAGACGUGAAGAGCAUUGCGAGGAACCACAACAAAGAGGGCAGCGAGGGCGUGCAGAUCCUCGACGCGCGAUCUGAAGGUCGCUGGAGAGGUACAGACCCUGAGCCACGGCCAGGACUCCCAUCAGGUCACAUGCCAGGAAGCUUGUCUGUACCGGUACCAGAUCUUCUCGAUCCGAAGACUAAGGCUUUCUUACCGGCGGAGGGGCUUCGAAAGGUGUUUGAGCAGAAGGGUGUUGAUCCCAAGCAACCCAUCAUAAGCAGCUGUGGCACGGGCGUUACCGCAACGGUGAUUGAUGCUGCAUUGAUUGAGGCAGGUUAUGGCGAUGGAAACCGACGAAUCUAUGACGGAAGCUGGACUGAGUGGGCUCAGAGAGUGAAGCCAAGCGACAACCUCAUUUUGAAGGGGUGA